AAGAGAAUCAGACUGUAUGGCCAUCUGUAGUGAAGGCUUUGAUAGUACUUUCCUGCUAGUGAAGAAAAUCAGACUGUAUGGCCAUCUGUAGUGAAGGCUUUGAUAGUGCUUUCCUUCUAGUAAACAAUCAGACUGAACGGCCAUCUAUUGGGAGGGUUUUGAUGGUGCCUUCCUGCUGGUAAAGAGAAUCAGACUGAGGGUGGAUUAAUGAGUUUUGACGGAGCGAGGACUCUCGGGAGUCAGUCGGGGCGGAAAAAAGGACGUGGUGGGGGGACCUGGCAACCACAUGCCUGCCAUACGGGUGCUCCCGAGAGAGAGAGAGAGAGAGCGAGUGGAGGAGAGAAAAAGGAGGCGAGGAGACACAAUGCCCUUCCCAGACAGACGACUGGCUGCACUCGCUCGACGCCGCCCAGCCCAGAAGGAGUUCUUCUUCUUCGCUCAACUCAGACACAAUCGCUCCCGAGCGGAGACGCAAGGCGGGCAAGCGGGCGGCUUCUCGUCGGGAUUCCGGGGCCGGAACUUUCCCUCCCGACUCGCCUCCUCGAUAUGAAGCUCCUCUUCUUGCUGCUGAGCCUCUUCUGCUCGGCCGGAGGAGACCCUCUGCCAGGCGGCAUCUGCUGGCUCCAAGGCCGGGAGGCGAAGUGCACGAUGAUCCUCCGGACGGGCGUCUCCUGGGAGGAAUGUUGUGCCGACGGGAGCGCCGACCGGGCCUGGUCCAACGCCUCGCACCCGGACAACAAGAUCAGCCUCCUCCGCAUCCUCGGCCUGGUCACUUGCCGCCCUUGCAAAGAGACCUGUGAGGGCGUGCAGUGCGACCCGGGCAAGGUCUGCCGCAUGAAGCAGGGGCGUCCGUACUGCACGUGUGCCCCAGAUUGCUCCCAGACGCCCCGGAAGCUGCAGGUCUGCGGCUCGGAUGGCUUAACCUACCGGGACGAGUGCGACUUGCUGACCGCCAAGUGCCGCGGACAUCCCGACCUCGAGGUCAUGUAUCAAGGACGGUGCAAAAAGUCCUGCUUGACGGUGUCGUGCCCGGGGACGCACACGUGUGUGGUGGACCAGACGGGGAGCGCGCACUGCGUGGUGUGCCGGGCGUCCCCGUGCCCGGAGCCCACCGCCCUGGACCGGCCCCUCUGCGCCAACAACAACGCCACCUACCCCUCCACCUGCCACCUCCGCAGGGCCACCUGCUUCCUCGGCCGCUCCAUCGGGGUCCGGCAUUUCGGCGGAUGCGCGG